CAUGUGCUUGCUUUUGAGAAAACCAGUAGUCUUCAGAUUAGGACUAGGAAUAAUUAUCGUGUUUAUUUUGUGUUUACCUGAAUUUUUCAAAAUCCAUGAAGCCAACACUGUCAUGGUGUCCUGCAUGGAUACCUGUUCAUCAAGUAACAUCACUUUUCCGCUUUGUACUUUUAACAAUUCUUACAAAACAUCAGUGCAACAAAGAAGAGAAACCCAGACUAUUUUGCUGAAGGUCAUUAUAAAUAAUACCAAUUUCCAAAACAUUCCAUGUAUUUGCCAGUCGUCCUGGAGGGAACAACAGUCCCACCCUAAACAGAGAGAGUGUGAAUCCAAGAGGGAUGUGAAUGUUGAUCAUCAAGGAUCAGGGUCAGUAACUAAAGAAACAAAAGGCUCGCUUGAAGUGAAAACAGAAAACAUUACUUAUUUUUAUAAAUAUUUUAAUUUCACUACGAUUUCCAAGAAAGAAGUGGAGCAUAAUACAAACUACCUGAUGGAAAUCCACAUCAACAAUUCUAUGGUCAGAGGACAAAACGCAGCCAACAAACAACUAAAUCAUUCUUGUCUCUUGGCAAUGAUGGAAGACCAAAAUGACUGUGUAAAUAUUUCACUGCAACUGAAGUCUUAUAUGGAAUAUCCAAUGUGUAUGACGAAGAUCACUUGGCUCACUAUGAUUGCAGUAGUUUUUGUAUUUACUGUUUCAAUUGUCAUCUACAAAAUAGUCCAAGAAAAUAAACGGAACUCAGAUUAUAAACAAAGAGUAGCAACAUCAGUUUCUACUGUUCUAAGAAGAAAGAGUUCCAUACAUGCAAGAAGAACUGUAUCUGCUACUAAAAUUCAUCCUUUUCCUGUGAACACCAGCAAACAACAGGCCCCACUUCCUGCACAGACCACAAACAGACUAUCUGUAAUUCCUGAACAAGAGCAUUGUCACGUGGAACAACUGUAG